CUUUGAACAUCUUGCAGUGACACACAAUGUCAGACCAAACUUCCCAGAGCCCUGUGUCUCUACCAAGAACAGACCAAUACGAUCCACGCGGGUCUAUCCCCAACACUGUUUUUGCUGUCGCCCUAAUCGCUUCCAUCCUCGGUGCAGUCGGGGGUAGCUCCCUUGCCCUUGCCUCACAAACCUUAUUCAAUGCCUUCGCCGGUACUUGGGCAAGACCUCAGCUGGGAAUAUAUCUAGGUGCCAUGUGUAUCUUCCAUUUGAUGGAGUUCUUCACCACAGCCGGCUGGAAUCCUCAAAAGCUCAGCGUGGAUGCUUUCUUAUUGAACAACGGCAGACAGUAUCACUUUGCUCAUGCUAUAGGCUUAGCAGAAUACUUUAUCUCUUCAUGGCUCUUCCCUGGGAAAUGGAACACCUUCUGGGGUUCUUUUCCUUGGCUUACUCUCGUGACGCUUGGUAUGGUGGCUGCACAAUGUAUCCGUAGCAUGGCGAUGAUUCAAGCUGCGCAAUCAUUUUCCCAUAUCGUCAAGAGCAAAAAGCACGACGACCACUUGCUUGUCACCCAUGGCCUCUAUUCAUGGUCACGGCAUCCUUCUUAUGCUGGUUUCUUCUACUGGGCCGUGGCUACUCAGCUUCUCCUGGGAAACAUUGUGUCAACUCUUGGUUUUAUGAUCGUCCUCAACAAAUUCUUUUCGGCUCGUAUCGUCGACGAGGAAAAGUGGCUCGUCAAGUUCUUUGGGAACGACUACGUGGAGUACAGGAAACGUGUUGGAACCAAGCUUCCUUUUUACUUUUCCAAGUAACUUUGCAAUAGUCUAUGGACAUAUUUAGUUUCUCAUAUCAUUCACAAGAGUAUACCUCGUAGGUUUCCUCUUACCAAAUAAAGGGUAAAAAAUGCAUCAUAUCAU